UUUGGCAAGCACUGUGGAUUCACUGAGUCCAGUGAAAACUUCGAAACUCCCCACAUUCCUCGUCAGUCUCUUAGAUCCUCAGAUUGGGGAAAGGACUUCUGCUGGACAUUUCUGCAUUGAUGAGGCAUAGCAGGGACCUGAUCUUGAGCCUGAGCCACAUGUGGUCCCAGCAUGAGUCAAGGGGAGAAAAUGAGGGCAGCAGUGUGUGCUCUAUCCACUGGACCUGGAACAGAAUAAACAGCAAUUUGCUAAGCAUUUGCCGUGUGCAGCCUGUUUGUUGCAGAAAAGCAGCCAAAAGACCUGACCCUGGUGUCUGUCUCAGGCCAUGCCAGUUAUUCAUGGUAGCGCUCUCACUGGCAACAUCACCACAGACAUUCUUCUGUCAUUUUCAGUAGGACAAAGCCAUUUGGAACAGUUUCAUGCAACCUAACAGAAAGACAUAAUUCCGAGUGGAACAUAGCAGCAAGGCUGCAAAGAACUUUGUGACAUAUAGCCUACUACACGUUUCUAGCUUUGCAACAAUGUCAGAGAUGAGUCUUUUGGGUCAUAUGGACUGUGUUGCUCUGUACUGUGUCCUGUCUCUGGUCAUGCCGGCGAUCCUGCGUGCCGAGUUCACUCUGGCCAAUGUGAGUGAGCACCACAUCAUCAUCUGUACGUGCAUGCAGGACCUGGUAGCCUGCAGCAUUAUCAACUCCAGUGACUGUGUCUGUCAUAACCACCCAUUCUCCAUGCUGGAGCACAAUGACAGCCCCAGCACAGUGACGUACAAGCGUCUGACAGUGUGGUACACUUCGCCACUCAAUGUUGCACGCCUACUGAACAACUCGGAGGUCCGCCACCUGGCACUGGCCAAGUGCAACUCAGCAAGAGGUGCUUCAUUAUCUGUUCACUUCUUCACAGUGAGGAGGUUGGAGAGGGUCUACAUCUCAUACCCUUUCUGGAUGCCUGGGCAGAACCAUGAUAUUGUACUGGGUAGAGAUGUGGGCAUGCCUUACUAUGAGGAGACGAGGAUAGCUGUCAUUCACACGGAUGUGUUGGUGGGGAAGGUUGAGUUGAAAGCAUACACAGUGAAAACCAUGGUGGACAGCAAUGGCAUGACUCCAUUCCCUGAAAUGUUUAUUCCUAUGGAUGAGCUCCCAGAUAUGUCCAGCAUAUAUGUAUCUUUCUUGUACUGAAUGGAAUUUGGAUCCAGAGUUUCUUAGAAGUGUCUUUCCUGCCUUUUUAUACUUUUAUUUAUACCUUUCCUGAGGAAAUAUUCUCAAAAUACACACAAAAAGGUUACAUCUUU